AAGUUUCUCAAGUGUAUUACUGGCCUAAUCUUGAAAUACAAACAACAGAAGUAAAUCUGAACAAAAUUGAAAUGGAAGCUGAACAUGUUGAUAACAUCUUUAGGGAAAGCUAUAUCACUGCAGCAGUCUACAUACCAAUAUUAGAUGUUGAAAUGGUGAAGCGAAGGAUUUUUCCACGAACAGGAUCACCUCCAAUUGAUAAGACCACCACUCCAAUUACCUCUGUAUAUGAUCAAAAACAAUCACCUAAACUUUUAGAAAUACUUAACCUGACGCACAUUAAAAAAGAUAAAUCAUUCAAAGAAGCAUAUGGAGAUGAUAUUCAAAACGCAAUAGAAUCUUUUCGGACACUGGCAGGUGGCAUUGAUACCGAAAUAAAGGAAAAUAAUUUUCAAGAGGAUAAACAUGCCAUUCAAAGACAGCUCAAGUAUACUCAUGCAUUGCAGCUCUGUAACUUACUAGCAGCCAGAAAUGACAGUCCUAAUACUGGAGUGGGGACACUGAUCUACAGGAAAGAAGACAUUGUCGCUGUUGGCUACAAUGGAUUUCCAAAAGGGACAGUGAAUAGUCUUUUUGCACAGAAGGAUGAUGGUAGUUGUGACCGGCAUGCAAUCAUAUGUGCAGAAGUUAAUGCAAUUAUUCUGAGAACUGAGGAUGAUCUGAGUGACACUGAAUUAAUCACCACAUGUGAGCCCUGUAGUGACUGUGAAAACCUAAUUAAAGCAAUGAAGAUAAAGAAAAUCAUUUGGCCUAAUCGAGAUGAAAAAAAGCAACCAGAAGGUGCAACUAACGAUCCAACUGAAGAAGAAAAUAAUCCAAGCACUGAACCCUUUCAAGUAAAAAGCAGCAUCAAAAAACAUUCUGAUGAAAAGAUUUUAGCACUUCAAGCUGAUCGAGAGAAAUGUAAUAGAAUGGAUACUGAAGGAACUUCAGUCUCAGGAGGGAAGGAAGGAAAGACAAUGGAAAUACAGUCACCAGCAGAUGAGGGACAUGCUUCUGGUCAGCAGGCCAUUUUAAAUUCAUCAGAAGCAUCUGCAUCCCACAGAGAUGGCAUAGUGAAAGAAGACAGUGAAAAAACAAAUCCUUUAUUGACUGAGACUGAAUCAGAGCUAGAAACGGAAUCCUUGGACAAGCCAAAAGAGUCACAUAUUGCAGAGGGGCCAUCUGUGAAUGCUGCAGAAGAUGAACCAGCAUAA